GUUUCAGGUUCAACAGAACACGAACGAACGAAAUGCGUACAUGGGCACUAUGGCUUGUCAAGAGGCGCCUUCAAAAUUUAAGUUUAGAAGAGAUUGUAGCUAGGAGAGAGAAGACGAGAACGUACACGUAGUUCAACAACUUGCCGUGUCUUUUUGUAUGAGAUUCUUCAAAUGAUUGCCUGCGAAAGCGAGGAGAUUCUCGUAGUUCUUGUCUAUGUCGUUGUCCGUGCCUAGGUGGUGCCGCUGGCGACAAAUAUCAAAUACGUACCGCUGGGACGAGCCGUUGUGGCACUACGAGCUUUUCUUUGCUGACGUGAUUUGAAUACGACCUGACCUGCAUUUUCGAGCGGAGAACAACGAGCUGGAACACCGAGACCUUAUUCCCCGACAGGACGACUUACGAAAGGCUGUUCACAUGAUACGACAGGACAGCUUUCCUUUGCUGUACUACGAACUCUUAUUUGCUGAACUGACUUGCGUACGACCAGACCCGGAUAUGCGAGCUGAAAACUACAACCAGGAAGAUCGAGUCCUUAUUCCUCGCCAAGCCGAUCUACGCCAGCCAUUUAUGUGUUGCUUCUCGAAGCGCUUUUUCUUUUUGUAUGUACAUCUUUCGAGACAUUACGUCUUUCGGUCCCAUCGAUACCACUGUGCGUUUAGGUAGUGCUUUUCGAGGCGCCGUUUCUCUUUGUAUCGUCUUUCGAGACAUUACGACCUUCGGCCUCAUCGGUUUCAUGGAAAAUCUAGGUAUUCACUUGGGCCUUAGGGCUUCUACCGGACUGUUCCCGCGCAUGCGAGACAUGACCGUGCCACACGUACCGCUGGGACGAGCCGUUGUGGCGCGAACAGCUCCAAGGAUGCUGGCAACUAGUACUUCUGCUAGGACCACGACAUGCUGGGUGGUCGCCGCGUUGGCCGUGGUGCUUGUUCCUUCCUUCAUCAUUCAGAUCCACACCUUCGCCCGGGCUGAUGAAAUACACCUGCACACGGACGUCGAAAAGCAAUUGGAUGACAUAAGCACGGGUCGUGAUAAUUCUAAAGUUCAUCUCGAAGAUGAUCCCACGUUUAUUUCCCCGCAGGUAGCGCACGUCGAGCACCUUCUGGCCACUCGCGUUUUAAAGAAUACCGGGCAGGAAGAACGCGAUGUGGAGUUGUCCUCGAUCAUGGAAGUAGCAGGUGGCGCUGAAGGUCGUGGUCAACAUCAGCGCCAGUCUGCUACUUCCGGAGCUGCAAGAACCUCUGCAAUUGAUGAUGAUACACGGCACGAGCAGGGGGCAGCGGCCGCUCGCGCUGCGACGUCCCAGGAGGACGAGUCGGCCUCAGCAUCCUUUCUGUUGAUGCCAACGAGAGAGGAACAGGAAGAGCAACUACAUGCGCAGCAGGCCGGUACUAGUACAAGUGUAAGUGCUUCUGGUUCCGGUGCAGGAAAUGAUCUUCAAGCGACGACGGCCCAGCAGCCGUCAUCGUCCAGCGGGGGAGCUAGUACAACGAUGAUCCAGGUGGCUGCACAACAACAACAAGAGGAACCAGCACGGGCUGCUGGUGUUCCUGUUGCAGCACCAGCAGCUGCAGGGGCCUUAUCGUUUGAGGAGCGGUUGCGCGCACUGGAGGAACAGAACCAAGCGCAGAGGGAAGAGAUCGAGCACCUACAAGCGCAAGCGGUCACCCAUGCUACCGCGGUGAAGAAUAUCCACAGGAAAUUUUCCACACACGUACCAAUGCGGUGUCUGCAUGACAAAAUUUUGUUUCAUUUCUAUUCAGCAUGACAAGUGGCAUGCUCCAAGUUGGUGACAUUUGUGAUGCAUUUUGUACAUGUGCAGGAAAUUUGCAUUGCAUAAAGAAACACGAUGCGCAAUUCCACGCGACGCGUGACAUCGGUUCUUUGACGGACGAGAUUAUGACGUACCAGUACGCCGUGCAUAUCUCCCGUUUGCGGAUCGACUACGUGCACACGAUCGUGUUUGUCGGGUACGGCUUCCUUUGCAUUCUGGUCGGCCUUAUGCAUUGCAAAUACGUGGUCAUCUGGGUGGUCUGGAAGAUUGCAAAUGUUUGUGAUGCAGAGUCUGCGUCACACAGAAGGUCUGGCAUGCGAGCCCCAGCAACACAGGUUUAUUUGAGCAGGUUUCUCAAUGUAUGCCUAAUCCGCAUGACAAAUCCACCCUUUCUUCGGAGACCAGAAAAAGGGCCACUUUUGCUCCCCGUGCAUGACAGAUUUUUUCAUGAUCUAAAUUGCGCAUGACAAGUUGCAUCUUUAUUGCAGACCCACCAGACAUUUUUGCAAUCCAUAGGCCUGCUGUACCCCUGCUGGUUGGUCUUCAUGCCCAUGUCCUACGACGACGAGUAUUUGAUGCUUCCGCACGACUUCGUGUAUCAAAUGCAAAUAUGUCUGGGUCUGGAAAUUUGUAAUGUUAAAAGUGAACGGUAGACGCACUGCAAUACGCAGCUAUGCAUGACAAAUUUUAUUUUGGCUUCCAUGUCUUGUUACGUAUUCCGCAUGGCAAACUGCUUUUGCAUGACAGGCAAGAGGGCCUUUUCGUGCCUAUGCAACACAGAUUCUCGAGUCAUGCCAGACAAGCAUGACAAACUUGCACUCUUCAAGACCCAGACAUAUUUGCAUGUCAUAUCGUCUUGCAGGGAACCAUUUCGUCGGUCACCCAGAGUACGAAGACCGGACAGGGGCGUAUUUGGACCACCUGUCUCGUAGCGCAGCAAGUCUGUCUGCUUCUCUCCCGCUACACGACGGUGAUCUAUGACAGCCGAAAUUCGAUUAGCGAAUACGACGUGAAAGACAAUUGGACGGGUAACGAGGGGCAGCUGACUGUUCGAAAACCGGUCGCAUUCCUGGACAAGGCGCGAAACGUCAUCAACCGCGAGCCUUUUCACUACAUCGUCCUGCGGAUUAUCUGGCUGGUGGUCCCAGCGGUCUGUCUGAUUUUCACGGCCGCGGUUCCCAGCGCCACCGAUGAAGAAAUGAAAGCACUCUCGUCCUCGCAAAUAAGCGAGGGGACGAUCCCCGGACGAGAACAAGACGAGCCAGGCGAAGGUAAAAAUGCCGAACGCGAGCAACUACAGGAGCAGCAGCAGGAGCCGCAUGACAAAUACGCCAAUAUGCACUGCAAAAGUAUCGUACUAAUGUAAUAAAUCGCAUGACAAAUAAGUUCCUCAGCAUGAGAGAGAAAAUUUGUAAUGCGGAUUUGUCUUGAAAAAGACAUAAUUAUGCAUGAAUACGAUUAUGACUACGAGUGCGAUGCUUUUGCACAGGAUAUCCAACGACAAGGUGCAAGAACUUGGAACAUCAGUACGAGGGUGCACAACUCCCCCUCCCCCUCAUUUGUCAUGCAAAAUACCAAAUUUACGCCUCGGCUCUUGGCAUUGUUUGCAUGACAAGUUCUGGCAGCCCAAAUAGCACGAUACUCGUGUCCAAAUUUGUCAUGCCAAACCUGUACUCUUGCUGACGCUUGUAUUGCUGCUCAUGCAAUACAAAUGAGGGGGAGGGGGAGUUGUGCACUCUCAUAAUCUGCAAGGGACCGCGAGAAGACGACGCCGGACGACGUAGUAAAUCAAAUCGCCAGGGCCAACGCAAUGUUCAAGACGGUCGUGCACCGGUACGGAGCCACUGUUGGCAUGGGGACCCUACUCAUUUUCGAAACCUGGCAGCUCUUCUGUUACUCCAGUAACGGGCCCCCAAAACAGGAGCAGAAGAAACUUGAAAAAAACCUUAAAAAAACUUGAGCACUUUUGAUUUAUGGCAUUGCAAAAAGCAGAAAUCAAGAGGGGCGACCGGAGGACAAAAAAAACGCACGGGACGGACACGAUUUCCGGUUUCUAAGAAUUGCAAUCGCGGCGGCGAUUUUGAAAAACUAAGUUAGGUGAAAGGCGGGCGCAAAUUCAAAAUCCAAGAACUCAAGCGGGGGCUUUUUUUUCAUUUUAUAGCGCUCCAAAGUCCAAAUCUGUGCCGCAGGAAUAGCCAUCCAUAAUGUUCACGCGAAGGCGCCGCGUUUGCAAAACUUUAAGCGUGCGACUAGGGGCAGAUAUUUUCCGCAGACAUGGGGCAGCAUUUCGCACGAACUAGACGCCCGCGGGGCGCGGCUCUUUUUCAUUUAGGUGGGGGCCGCCUCGAUGCAUUGGCUGCGCCGCUCGCGGGGAUGUUCAAAGUCCCUGUUUCGCACGGGCUCGGGCUGCCUGGGUGCCCGAGCUUGGCGGGGUGGUGGGGCUCUGGCUCUCGCGAGGCGUUUUUGUAGUGCCGAAGCGGCCCCACUUGGAGUGCCACUCCUAGCGCCCAACGCCGCCCGCCCGGGCUGGCGCGCCCCCUCGCUCCGUGCGGCCUGCCGGUCUUUUUGGGGUACCGGGCUCGGCGGCCUUUUCGGCAUUGGCUGGCUGCCGCGCAGCGAUGGAUCGGGCGGGCUGAUUAGCGGCAGGCGCGUUUUUUUUUCUGAGUAUUACCGAAAAAGCACCGAAGGCGGCACCCAAAACAACCUACGCCUGGUCUGAGUCUCGACAUUGGGCAGCUUAGGUUGGAGCGGCCAAUUGUCCGGAUUCGGGUCGUGUUUUGAUUUCAAAGCAAGUCGGCUUUGGUGCCUGGCACUAAACGUGAAAAAUAGUAUGAAAUGGCACAAAAAGUAAAAGCGUCGCACCGUGCCGCGGCUUGUCCUCCUGUUGUUGGUUUCAAAGUUGGGCGCGUCGCAGGUGCGCUCGCAGAGCAGCUCAUGUUGAAGCUGUCGCGACCCUCGCGAAUAUGGGUCGCGCAAGUCUUUGGCAACUUGAUUGCAAGUUUCGAUCUCCAUAAGGUUGGGGGUCCGUUCCACCAGUAAUUCUGGGUCGAAGAUGUAAAUUUGGGCGUGGCGCUGUUCGGUUGUCUUGGGACCAUCAGACCGGCCGGGAAUUCCGACUCAUCUCUCUCUAUCACAGGAGAAAAGUGUAUACAGUUACACAUUUGUUGGAAUUUCCGCAUCACAAAUUUUCUUUGUGUGGCAGAGAAAAUGAAAACUUGUAAAUGGAGAGAUCAUAAGGGAAAAUAAUACGUACUAGGAAACGGGGCCCGUGAGCAUUUCGAUUUCCUGCAUGACAAAGAUUGUCUGUCUUGCGGCUCCUGCAAGAACACAAAGUGCAACUGUAACACUUACACUUUUUUCUCACGAUAGCCUCUAGCUGGACUGGUGUCGGCAGCGCGAAGCUUGUGGUAUCGCAAGAAAAAACUGUUUCACUGUGAACUUGUGAUGCAGAAAGUGUAUCGCAAAUAAUGUGUCUGUCUUGCUACACAUCAUGCAAGAUAAUGCAUUUGUGGGCAUGUUUUCCCUUAGGAAGCUCGCAUGGCAAACGACCUCUGAUGUAGGGCACCAAACUUGUGAUGCAAAACUUGCAAAAUCAUCACAGUGAGCCAGUUUUUUCGUGGGAUUUGCGGCGUUGGAGCAAUACUGGAAAUUUUACUUUGUUCGCGCUUGGCUGCUCCUUUCUGGUUGGGCAUUUUGUUUCCUGUUCCUGGUUUGUACUUUCGUGUUAGGAACGCGGAAGAAAAAGGGAUUUGGAGGGCAGGAGGUGCUACUGGGAGGGUUUCGCCGCCGCGGAGCGGUUAUGGGUCUGGUGCAUAAAGAGACCACUCUCUACCUGCCGCGGGCCGCCUUUUUACUGGAAGUCGGUGCGGUGCUGGCCGUCUUCUCUCUGCCGUUCCUGCCGAUCCUGACCGACUUUGCCCAGGCCAAGAGGAAUAUCAGAAUGAAAAAUCCCCCCUCCCCAUAUCAAAACGAAGUUUCUGAUGCUGGAUUUGCGUGCACAAAUCAGAUUUGUCUUGCUGGCGAGGACUGCAGGCCCAUACUAAGCCUGAGUAGACAGGUUUUGGCCUAGGCGCUUAGCAUGGCAGGCGUCUACGCUGUAGGUGCAACAGCAUGACAGACAGCCUGUAGAAGAAUGCGGCGGAGCCUGUGGAGUUGCCUUGAUGCAACACAGAGACGAUUUGUGGUCACAAAUCAGCAACGCAAAUUUUCGAAAAGAUGCCGUGUCAAUAUGGGGAGGGGGGAUUUUUCCUUUUGAUAAGGAAGCUGCACUCUUUUACCUCUAUGGGCUCGGUGAUUUUCGCGGAUCUGGGUGAAGAGAUCUCUUAUGCAUUGCAUAUAUGUCUGGGUCUGGAAGGUUGGAACUUGUGAUGCUCACUUUGCAUUAUAAAAAAAUCUGUAUUGCAUGACCAGCAAAUAAAGGAGCCCAGUUACACUUUGUGCUACGCGGGGAGGGCAUUUGUCAUGCGGGAAAGGCAUCAGGAAGGCUUCUAGAAAUAUGUGAUGCUAGAGCAUGCAUUACAGACAUCCUGGGGCAUGCAAAAUAUGCAUGACAAAACUGGCGACCUUCCAGACCCAGACACUUUUACAGUUGAGAUUUCCCGAUUGUACGACAUGUUCUGGGUCAUUCUGGUAGAGUGCGGCACUUUUUGGGAUUUCGUCGCGCGGCCGCCUGCUUGCAGGGACCAAGGUGGUGGGAAGUGGAAAUACUGGUUCGAAAUGACCAUAGACGAAACAAUAUCCUGAGUAAAACUGACGUCUGCUCCACCUCCCGAGAGUUGUCAUGCAGAUUUGCGACUACGGGAGCAUUUGUAAUAAAUUAUGCGCAUCCCCAACCCCAAUGGGAAGGGAGGCACUUCCAGUCGUGUUUCGGCAUUUGUAAUGCUGCAGACAGGAUCAGCAGAUGCAGAUGGAUUUUUGAUGCGGUUGUCCUUGCAGCUAACGUGCACUACACUACAGACUGUAAGAACUUGUCAUGCGUGGCUCGUCCCAAAGCUUCUAGAUUUGUGUUGCUAAGUUCCCAAUCAUUGACUAUGGGGUGUUUAUGUACUAGAAAAAAAGACCAAAUUUUUAAAGCACAGAGAAACUUUUGACUAUGGGGUGGCGACGUUUUUGCAUAUGAUAGACCAACCCCACAGCUGUUGCCGACCACACACCCUACAAGCCAAACGACGACAACUGGUGGGGAAAUGCAGAAAGUGGCACACCUCGUUGAAAAACAGGGAAGGCGGUCUUUUGAACAUAUUCUUUCUCUUUCUUACAUUGACGAUGAGCAGCCCAGGGUGCUGGCGCGAUGACACAGACCAAGUAGAGAUGAAAACAACUUUAAACAAAGAAGACGAAGAAGAAGAAGAAGCAGCUACUUAUAAUUAGUAGUAUGUAAAAAAUUAUACACAACUUCUCAAACAAGAAGUUACAGGGGCCGACGACGACCAGAGUAAAAGUCAAAAAUGACAGCGUUGCAUGAACAACAUUUUGAACAUCGACAUACUCCUGUUACUGUUCGAGGUCAAUAACAAUAGCAAGCGUGUUUCUGUCUUUGUUCCUGUAAAAGCUAUAUACGAAGCUGAAACGCAAUCGGACAGAC